GGAUUGCUUGAUAAUAAUAAUAAUGUUUAAUGUGGUGUUGUUGGCUUAAGUUCAGAUACUGUGUAGUUGUGUACAACUGAAAGUGUUUGCCAAGUGCAUUUGACCAAUGAUAACACACCGACACUGCAGACACCCUGUGUGAAGCAUAUAAAAGAAAGUGGCCUUUCAACUGUCUCUGAAAGAUUCUUGAUAACAUACAACAGUACAGAUCACAUACUCCGAAGACUUAGACAGAGACUCUGACGCCGACAUGCUCUUGUUCCUCUUCUUGUUUGGUCUGGCUCUGGGUGCCGUGUCUCCUUCUGAGGAACAUGAAGUGAAGCUACAGCGUGCCAACUGUCCCAUGUUUUGGUACAGCUUCAACAACCGCUGCUACAAGUACGUCGCCACAGACAUGACCUGGGCUGAUGCAGAGAUCCACUGUGUCUCAGAGGGAGCCAACCUGGUGUCUAUCCACAAUCUGGAUGAAGAGAAUUUCGUCAAAUCCCUGAUCAAAAACUUUGACCACACUGAGGGACGCACCUGGAUCGGACUCAGUGACAUCCACAAAGAAGGCACCUGGAUGUGGUCUGAUGGCUCUGCAGUGGACUUUGUUUUUUGGAAUACAGGAGAACCGAACAACAAUGGAGGACAUGAACACUGCGUUCAAAACAACUAUGAUAACGCUCAGAAAUGGAAUGACGGCCAAUGUUCUGAUAUUAUACCCUCUGUUUGUGCAUCUCGUAUAACCUGUCCUUAGCACCUGAGAUUGUUGCUCUGUUGACAUGCAUUUGGCCUCCUCAAUAAAGACACAAAUGUACACUUA